AUGAGCGGGUGGGGUUGGAAACACAGUGACCUGUGUCCGUCGGAGGAAGCUGAAAGCCUAGACUUUGGUCUCUCUCUCUCUCUCUCGCACAUUCUCUGCUCGGUCGCCAUGUUUAAACUGUCGAGGCAGCUUCUGCACUCCUCAACUGGUUUUUUGUCUCUGAAGAAUCUGGCCAAUGGAGCUGCUAGUGACUUAAGAGUAGCCCGCAGCAUAACUACUCAGACUGGGAUCUCUUCUGCUAUGCCGAAAUUUGGACAUGAUGGGAAUCCUUCUGCAAGAAUAUUUGCACCUUAUUCAGUCUUCAAAGGAAAAGCUGCACUUUCUGCUGACCCUCUUCUCCCAAUGUUUACUAAAUCAGAAUCUGGAGACUACAGAGUUGAACGCCGUGGUAUCAUUAUGUUGACUUUCUGGCCUGCUAUCGGUGAACGCAAAUAUGAUUGGGAGAAGAGGCAGAGAUUUGCUCUGUCGGCAACAGAGGUUGGUUCCCUGAUCAGUUUGGGCGCAAAUGAUUCUUGUGAAUUUUUCCAUGAUCCAGCAAUGAAGUCCAGUAAUGCAGGUCAAAUUAGGAAGAGUUUAUCUGUCAAAGCCCAUGCUGAUGGGAGUGGCUACUUCAUGUCUCUGAGUGUUGUCAACAAUAUCCUCAAAACAAAUGAUCGGUUUUCUGUUCCUGUCACUAGUGCUGAAUUUGCAGUCAUGCGAACAGCUUUCACCUUUGCUUUGCCUCACAUAAUGGGUUGGGACAAAUUAACCAAUCAGCAGCCAGAGUUUUCCGCUAGUAGAGGUUCGCCAGCUGUGGCGGUCCCUGAUCUUCAGAGCUCCGAGUGGGAUAGAUAAGAUGAAUUAGUACAUUUUGUGAAGUGGAUGAAUGUGGCUCUUGCAGCAGCAGUAUUACUCCAUGGGUUGAAUGUUUAACAAACUUAUAUCAAGUUUCAAUAGAACAGACCAUUUGAAUUCUGGGUGUUAUGAACAAUUAGGAAUUUGAGUAAGCCUGGCAUGCAUGUGGCACCAUGUCUGGUGCAGUCUUUUCCCAAACACCUGCCCUUGUUGGAGUAAUAUUACUAUUAUUAUUAUUAUUAU